AUGCAUAUCCCCUCAGGCCGUGUCCUGGGCCUCUGGGCUCACCACGCACGCGAUUGCCUGCAGCUGCGCACCCAGUCAGGGCCCUUCGCAGCAGCAGCAGCAGCAGCAGCGUCGGCAGCAACAGCGUCAGCGGCUGCUGCUGCGCGAGGCUUCCCUGCGUGCGUGGCCAGGGGCCCCCCAUUAUGCUCCGUGAAACGUUUCUUCUCUGUGGGGCCCCUGGGGCCCCACGGCUUCGUGGAGGAGCCCCUCAACGCCGCCGCGUCGCCCCCGACCAACAGCAGCAGCAGCAGCAGCAGCAGCAGCAGCAGCAGCAAUGAGGCCACUGUGGUGAUCGGCAACCACAGCAACGCGCCCAAGCCCCCGCGCAAGACCACGGGGCUGCACAAGCUAUGCGACUUGGGGGCGCCUCUUGCGGAGUUCAUGGGGCGGCCGCAGGCGUCUCGGGUGGAAGUGACAAAGUUCAUUUGGUCUUAUAUAAAAGAAAAAGGACUUCAAAAAAAAGAAAACAAACGAAUAGUUGUGGCUGACGAGCGGCUGCUGCCGCUGCUGCAGAAGAGCGAGCUCUCCAUGUUCGACCUCAACAAAGUGCUCAGCAAACACAUACACAACACGCCCAGCGCCGACAAGCAGCAGCAGCAGCAGCAGCAGCAGCAGCAGCAGCAGAAACAGCAGCAGCAGCACCUGCACCCGCAGGAAAUGAGCGGAGAUAACCAAGCCUUGCCACCACAUCGCAAGCAGCAGCAGCAGCAGCUGCUGCACCAGCCGCGCACCGACUGCAGCACCUGCUGCAGUGGCAGCUGCAGCAGCAGCUGCAGCAGCGACGGCAGCAGCUGCAGCAGCUGCAGUAGCGACUGCAGCUGCCGCGGCGGCAGCAGCUGCAGUAACGACUGCAGCAGCAUCCGCAGCAGCAGCUGCAGCACCAACUGCAGUGGCAGCCGCUGCUGCUCCGCGUCCCGUUUGCAAUAG